GCUACGGCUCCCGGAAGAGGCCAGCUGCGGCCGUUCACGCGUCUCGCCGGCCCACUGAGGGCUGCUCCGGCCGGUGCCUUGCCGGGCGCCUCCGUGCGCUCGUCGAACGGCCUCUGAGGGUGCCCUCCCGAAGGCCGCGGGAGCCGGCGGGCCGCGGCCCUCUCCGGGCACCCUUCAGCGGGCCCAGGGGGAGAAAAGUGGCUCUAAAUCGAGCACAUGCACACUGAAGCAAGCUAAAGGAGUUAAUAUGAAGCACAGGAGCAGAUAGUGCCAAAGAGCAAGUGGUAGUUGGUACACAUUUCUGGAAAAGCAGUGUCCGUGUUGUUAUGUACACCUCCAAAAAAGUUCAGAUCUGUAGGGGAAUUGUUGUGUAAAACUAAACUGAACUACAGGGUAGUGGUAUUUUAAUAGCUUUUAUAGACAUUUUUAUUGUAUUGCAAAUGAGUAAAAGAACAAGCAGUGACAAACCACUAGGAAGAGUGAGUGGGGCAGCAUUUCCUUCUCCCACUGCUGCUGAGAUGGCAGAAAUUAGUCGAAUUCAGUAUGAAAUGGAAUACACCGAAGGUAUUAGUCAGCGAAUGAGGGUCCCAGAAAAAUUAAAGGUAGCACCACCAAAUGCUGACCUGGAACAAGAAUUGCAAGAAGGAGUUCCAAAUGCUAAUGUGAUUAUGCAGGUUCCAGAGAGGAUUGUUGUAGCAGGCAAUAAUGAAGACAUUACAUUUUCAAGACCAGCAGAUCUUGACCUUAUUCAGUCAACUUCCUUUAAACCUCUGGCACUAAAAACACCACCUCGUGUACUUACACUAAGUGAAAGACCACUAGAUUUUCUGGAUUUAGAAAGACCUUCCUCAACUCCUCAAAAUGAAGAAAUUCGUACAGUUGGCAGGCUAAAAAGAGAGCGCUCUAUGAGUGAUAAUGCUGUUCGCCAAAAUGGACAGCUGGUCAGAACUGAUUCCAUGUGGCACAGAUCAGAUUCUGCCCCAAGAAAUAAAAUUUCAAGGUUCCAGGCACCGAUUUCUGCACCGGAGUACACUGUGACACCAUCGCCACAACAGGUUCGGGUGUGUCCUCCCCAAAUGUUCCCUGAAGAUGGAGCUAAUCUUGCCUCUGCUCGUGGCAUUUUGUCGCUUAUCCAGUCUUCUACCCGUAGGGCUUACCAGCAGAUCUUGGAUGUGCUGGAUGAAAACCGCAGUGUGAGAAGACAAAAUGAAAUACGUUGUGAAAGACCUGUGUUGCGUGGUGGGUCUGCUGCCUCCACUAAUCCUCAUCAUGACGUCAGGCAUGGCAUUUCAAAUAUAGAUACAACAACUGAAGGAACCUCAGAUGACAUGACUGUUGUAGAUGCAGCUUCAUUAAGACGACAGAUAAUCAAACUAAAUAGACGUCUACAACUUCUAGAAGAGGAGAACAAAGAACGUGCUAAGAGAGAAAUGGUCAUGUACUCAAUUACUGUAGCAUUCUGGCUGCUUAAUAGCUGGCUCUGGUUUCGCCGCUAGAGGUAACCUCAGCUCUCAAAAUAUUGUCUCAACCACUGAAAAUAUAAAGAAUUUGCAAACUUUUUUGUUUCUGUCUUUGCAUUGUAUAUCAUUUUAUAGUCCAUGCCCUGAAAAUGUAUUUCUUCCAGAAAGGUGGGGGGCAGGACUGGUAUUUGGAGAAGAAAAGGUAUAUUCUGUCAUUCAGCUGUAUUCACUUUUAACCAGUUCUGCAGUAACACCUACUUAAAAUUCUCCUUUUGCAUGUUUUGUACAUAGGCUCUAGUUUGUUUUUUUAAAGAAUUUAAUUUUUUGCCUCAUCAGUCUGCACAACUAAUUCUCUGAAUGAGAGUGUGCGCUAGAGAAUGGAUUUAGAAAAUUAUCUGUAAAAGCAAAAUAAUAUGUUAUUGUGUCCUAUUUCUCAAACACUAUUAAACAGUUUUGUUAAUAGACAUUUUUGCAUCCGCAUUUCAACAUUAACACUUCUGAAGUCAUGAUCUGGUGUCAGAUUUAAUAAAAUCAAGCCACCUCAUGUUUCAUACUCCACCUUCAUGAAAUAAUUCCUAACAUUUUGAGCUGUUUAUGUGUGUAAAAUGUGUGUUUUUUUUUAUUUUAGUUUUGCAGAUAGUUUUCUAUUAAGUAUGUUUUUACUAAGUCCAUGUGUGAAUGAUUUAAAAAACUACAGAAUAAGGUACAAAUGCAGUGUAUUUAAUAAACUAUCAACCAAAGCAG